GCCAGGAUUACUCUCUGAGAUCCAGGCCAUGGCAAAUGACAUCACUCCCAGCCUGGGCUUAAAAUCUCCCCAUGUGAGGGGACCUGUUUCCUUCAGCCUCUGCUGUCUGGAGACUCUGCCCAGGACCUGGGCCACCAGGGGAGCCCUGUCCCUCCUUGCUGAAGGCCCCCUGACCUGGGCCCCAGUGUCUCCGAGGAUCAUGAUGGCGUAUAUGAACCCCGGGCCCCACUACUCUGUCAAUGCUUUGGCCCUGAGUGGCCCCAGUGUGGAUCUGAUGCACCAGGCUGUCCCCUACCCCAGUGCCCCGCGGAAGCAGCGGCGGGAGCGGACCACCUUCACCCGCAGCCAGCUGGAGGAGCUGGAGGCGCUGUUCGCCAAGACGCAGUACCCGGACGUGUACGCCCGCGAGGAGGUGGCGCUGAAGAUCAACCUGCCCGAGUCCAGGGUUCAGGUUUGGUUCAAGAACCGCAGGGCUAAGUGCAGACAGCAGCGGCAGCAGCAGAAACAGCAGCAGCAGCCCCCGGGGGGCCAGGCCAAGGCUCGUCCUGCCAAGAGGAAGGCGGGCUCAUCGCCAAGACCCUCCACGGAUGUGUGUCCAGACCCUCUGGGCAUCUCCGAUUCCUACAGCCCGCCUCUGCCCGGCCCCUCGGGCUCCCCCACCACGGCAGUGGCCACGGUGUCCAUCUGGAGUCCAGCCUCAGAGUCCCCUUUGCCCGAGGCCCAGCGGGCUGGGCUGGUGGCCUCGGGGCCUUCUCUGACCUCUGCCCCCUAUGCCAUGACCUAUGCCCCAGCCUCUGCUUUCUGCUCUUCCCCCUCUGCCUAUGGGUCUCCCAGCUCCUAUUUCAGUGGCCUGGAUCCCUACCUGUCUCCCAUGGUGCCCCAGCUGGGGGGCCCGGCUCUCAGCCCCCUCUCUGGCCCCUCUGUGGGACCCUCCUUGGCCCAGUCCCCAACGUCCCUGUCAGGUCAGAGCUAUGGCCCCUACAGCCCUGUGGACAGCUUGGAAUUCAAGGACCCCUCGGGCACCUGGAAAUUCACCUACAACCCCAUGGAUCCUCUGGACUACAAGGAUCAGAGUGCCUGGAAGUUUCAGAUUUUGUAGAAGAUUCUCUCUGCAUCUCUCCGCAGCUCUCCAUCUGGCCUCAGGACCCUCUCUUGUCU